UCAGCUGAGGCGAGUCCAGGCAGCAGCGCCUGCGCACUUACCGCGCUCCUGCAUUUUAUUUCGCUUCUCACCCAUUCCACGAUCCUGCAUUUUGACGGAGGCAACGGCGGGGUUAAGAUCUGCAGGUGGAUUUGCCACUUAUUUCUCUCUACCCCCCCACCAAGGCUUCCAAGAUAUUACAGAGGAAAGUGGAGCAAUAAAGCGCCGGUGACUUGCAGGUCCCGGAGCUCGCGGACAGCAGCGCCGAGUCCCCGGAGCUCGCGCUUCCAUUGUGAGGAUGGUUUGCGGCGGCUUCACCUGCUCGAAAAACUCCCUCUGUGUCCUGAACCUGCUGUAUAUUCUGGUCAGUCUGUUGCUGAUUGGAAUUGCAGCAUGGGGUAAAACCUUUGGACUUGUUACAAGCUUCUCUGUCGUCGCAGGAGUUAUUGGCGUGGGAAUCUUUCUCUUCCUAAUCGCUCUGAUUGGACUGCUGGGAGCAAUUAAACAUCACCAAGUGUUGCUGUUUUUUUACAUGAUCAUUCUGUUCUUGGUGUUUGUUGUGCAAUUCUCAAUUUCCUGUGCCAGCCUAGCGCUCAAUGAAAAUCAACAGAACCAUUUUCUGGAAGUGGGAUGGAACAAAUCAGUAGAAACCCGAGGAGAUGUGGAAGGAUACUUAAAGUGCUGUGGAUUUAAUGAAGUGAGCGUAAAUGAUACCUGCAAUGCUCAUUGUACGAAUUCUACCUGUAAGCCGUGUGGCCCAAUUCUAAGAACCUAUGCCGGUGAAGUUCUGAGAUUUGUUGGUGGUAUAGGACUUUUCUUCAGCUUCACUGAGAUAUUGGGAGUUUGGCUAACGCACAGAUACAGGAACCAGAAAGAUCCACGAGCAAACCCAAGUGCUUUCCUGUAGGAUAAUUUUUCAGAAACGUCCCACUACUAGAAUAUUGCAUUUCUGAUGCAUCCUGUGCAUUUUCUUCAGACUUCCUGUAACUCGAGUCCCAAGUUGCUUGCAAGAUAAUGAUUUUUGAAGUGGAAUUUAAGGUUUUUUUUUGUUACUCCUUCCUGUUGUAAUGAAACUGAGAACAGGGUUGAUUUUUUUUUGGAAUUGUAGCCACUCCCUUUGACUGCAGCUUAAUCCUGGUUGUAGUCUCUUGUUCAGCACAAGAGGAUUCCUUAAUAGUGGCUUUCAAAAUUACCAUUUUGUGCAAUUCUUUGGAUGUAUUUUUGAAAGGAAAGCAAGGUAAUUUGCAUUGUUAUGAAACUAAAUGGCCACCUCAAGAAUUUGCAAUGUUAAAACGAUGUACUGGCCUUUGACAAAUCCAUUUUCAGCAAAUGCAUUUAUCUAAAAUUGGAGAGAUUUUGAUUAAUCGAUGAUCAUUACUAAUAUUAAACGUUGGAGUAUAAUAACUAAAUACAAGCCAAUGCUAUUUAUUUUUAUGUAAUGGUUUGUUAAAGUGUACUGUACUUUGUGAAUUUUCAGAAGACAGUUACAUGUUUUCUAUCUAGGACAAAAAUGAAUAGAUUUAAGGAAUUUGUGGAUAUCGAUAUUUUGAUCAGCUGCUAGGAAUAGUCACCUGAGAGAUUGCAUAUAUCUAUACUGUAAAAGCUUCAAGUUUUAGAAGUACUUGAUGGAUGUGAAUAACAAAACUAAUUUCCUCAGGGGGGGAAACACAGUCCCUUCUGAUCAUACUGUUUCUCUAGCUUUGGAAAUGCUUUUACUUGCCUUUGCACCUGUCAGUGUGAUUAAAGUGAACUUCUGAUGAAGCACCAUUGUGUAUUGAUCAAUGAUAAAUUCAGUAUAGUUUUGGCAUUCGCCGGAUUGUUAAUACCUUAGUCUAUUUACACUGAUUUUAACGUGAUGAUGAUGAAAACUUGCAUUUUGCUUUUAGUGCACAGUAAGAUUGUUUGAUUGGAAACGUAGCUAAAUUGGAAAUGUGUUUGUGUAGCAAUUGUUUUUUCUCUGCAUGUGAUUGAGGAAAUUGUUUAUUCAGUUAUUUAAAAUAUUGUCCAAUUGUAUACAAUAGGCAUUCGUCGCUUGAUAUUUCAAUAAGUGUACAAGUCACUGAUCAUUUGCAACUUUGAAAUGGAGGUGAUUUCAAAUAUGUUAAUGUGGAGAAUUAUUAUAAAUUUAUGGGAUUAGUACAUUUCAAGAGACCAUGGAUAAUUGUGGAUUCUAACCAUUAAAAUUUCACAUGUGAAUGAG